CAUUAUUUUGUUUUUUUUCGGAUUUCAGUUUUUAUUUUCCAGAAAUCAGUAAAUAGUUAAUACUUCAACAUAGUUGAAUUUCCUUGACUUGCUCUUAAAAUGGCACAAGUUAAUGGUGAACUCUUUACUGCUCGCAUGAGAAAAGCUACUCGGAAAAUACAUUCAGUGAGUGAUGCACUUGUUAAUGCUAAAUUUGCCAUUUCAUUAAGAGAUGAAAAAGUAUGGGGUGGAGGAUUAUUUGUCUUUUAUCACAUUUUCGCCUUCUUGGAGGAUGCUAAGAAGAGAUUGAACAUGGCUGAUUUUGACAAAUUAUUUGUACACAAAAUUUUAUUUAGGAAGCAUGCCUUUGAAGAAGAUUUAGCUCAUUAUCUGGGCAGUGACUGGUGCAGGUUGCCAAAAUCAGCUGCUUUGGAAAAUUAUUUAGAACAUUUGCAAAACUUGGAAAAAGAAAAUCCCCAGUUACUGAUGGCAUAUGUUUAUCAUCUGUAUCUUGGCUUACUAAGUGGUGGCCAGAUAUUAUCUAAAAAGCGGAACAUGUUUGGGGAUAAAAAUGCACCAACAGACACAUACACAGACAAAGUAACCGACUUCACAGGAGUUGAUAUUGCGCAGCUUAAAAAUGAUUUUCGAGCGGCCAUGGACGAGAUUGCAGAUCACAUGACAGAAGAAGAACAACAAGCAUUUAUUGAAGAGAGUAAUCAAGUUUUUCUAAUGAAUAACCUCAUUGUUAAUUCUGUGGGUGGUCAGAAUAAAGUUCUGUAUAGCUUGUUCUAUAAAACUUCAGCUGUUGUGUUGCUUUUGGCUGGUGUUGUUAUGGCGUAUAGAAUGCACAAAUAGUUUUCUAGAUGCAUAAAUGUUGUAGUGGAUUUUAAAGUUGUGUUUGUUUUCAUUGUUGACUUUUUAUGUUGUAUAAUAAUCACUGGUUAUAUAUGGAGAGUGAUUUAUUAAAGUUUUGUAUUACAUAGCUAUAAAUUGAGCAAAUCCAAUAGAUAAUACUCAUUAGUAAACAAUUGUUACAGUUUAAAUUUUAGUUUUAUAGCAUUGAAAUGCUUUAUAAUGUAAAUUUUGCAGUUCUAUAUUUUUUAUUGUCGAUGUAACAUAUAUAUUGAAUUUAAUAAUAAUUUGUUGCUUAGUGUUGAAAGAACAAUGAUCAAUGUCUAUAAUUUUGUUUUAGAGCUUCGGUUUGAAGGAGAUUAUUAAUUUUAUCUAUAGAUAGUACUUGUACUUUAAAAGUGAUAUUUAACGUGUUUAGUCAGCUUCCUAUAAAAUUGUGAUUAUAUAAUUUAAGUGAAAUGAAUGUAGACCAAACAUUUUUAUUUUAUUAAAGACUGAUUCUAUA